AUGUCAUUCCAAAAAGAGAUCAAUGGAGAAAUAUUGGCUCAUCACCCUCACUGGCUCAUUUUGUCUGUUCCUCAUCUUUCUGCCUUUAAACCAUUCCUAGUAGGACUGUAUUGCCUCACAAAUAGCUGUGUAUGCAAAGGUAAAAGUCCCUGCUUUUGCAAUAGCAUGAAAGGUGAUAAGGGUGAAAAAGGCUUUCCUGGUGUUCCAGGUCCACCUGGUCAUAGAGGCUUUCCUGGUCCAGAAGGGCCUCCAGGGCCACAGGGACCAAAGGGUUCUCCAGGGCUUACGGGCUUAGUUGGACCCAAAGGUAUACGAGGAGCCCCAGGAAUACCUGGAUUUUCAGGUCCCCCAGGCCUUCCAGGUGAACCGGGAACUGUUGGUCCUCCUGGGCGGUCUGGUGUUCCAGGUUGCAAUGGCACAAAGGGUGAUCAAGGUUUUCCAGGUCCUCCAGGUAGAAGAGGUGCUCCAGGUGUUCCAGGUAUUGCUGGCCUCAAAGGAGAGAAGGGUGCUCAGGGUGCUCAAGGAUAUCCUGGGGAACUUGGACCACAGGGCCCUCCAGGAGCUUCAGGCCUGCCAGGGAAGGCAGGACCUCCUGGACCUAAGGGUCUUAUGGGACUAAAAGUAAUAGGAACCAAAGGAAGAAAGGGUGACACUGGCUUAACUGGACCCCCUGGACCACCAGGGACCGUUAUUGUGACAUUAAGUGGACCAGACAACAUGACAGACUUGAAAGGAGAGAAAGGAGAAAAAGGAUCAAGAGGACUUCCAGGGCCAGUGGGGUUUACAGGGCCAGUUGGUGAUUCUCAAAGUGAAAAGGGUGACCGAGGAGAACCUGGAGCACAGGGUAAACCUGGAAGAGAAGGUGCCCCAGGACCACCUGGCUUACCGGGACGAAAGGGUGAGCAGGGCAAAUCUGGACUGGCUGGCAAGCAAGGAGCUAAGGUAUUUAUUGUCUGUGGUUUUGUUGGUGCUUUUCAGGAUGAGGAUAAGACAGAGUAUUAUGAUUAUGUGGUUGGUGAAAAAGGAGAUGAAGGACCCCCUGGACCUCCAGGACCAAAAGGUCAACGUGGCAUGCCUGGGCCACAGGGUCCUCCUGGAGGUGCUGGUAGACCAGGUGUGUCAAGACCUGGUCUGAGAGGUCCCCCAGGGUUUCCUGGGCCAAAAGGAACAAAAGGAGAGAAAGGACAAACUGGCUUGUGUAUUGUAGGCCCUCCAGGACUACCUGGUAUUACUGGCAGACCAGGUUCUGUUGGAUUACCAGGUCCUCCAGGAGAACCAGGUAGAGUAACAUCUAGAACAGGCCUACCAGGACUUCCUGGAGAACCAGGGUGUAUAGGACCUCCGGGACCUCCAGGAGAUAUUGGCAUGAAAGGUGAUGAAGCUCGCGUGUGUACUGAUUGCAGCUAUAUUCCGGGAAUACCUGGUCUUCCUGGUUCUCCUGGGCCACAUGGCCAAGAUGGUGUGCCUGGUAGAGAAGGAACUACAGGUCCAAAAGGUUCUCCAGGUUCUCUGGGAGCACCAGGGUUUCCAGGAGCUCAAGGACUUCCAGGUUUUAGAGGAGAUCAAGGACAAAAAGGAUCAAAAGGUGAGCCAGGAUAUGUGUAUCCAGAAGGGCCAAAAGGUGAGCGAGGAGAUCCAGGGGCUAGGGGAGACAAAGGAAGAAAAGGUUCAAGUGGAUUUCUGGGAAGACCUGGCUCUAAAGGAUCCAAGGGUUCUAAAGGUGAAGAGGGAUUGGCUGGUUCGAAAGGAAAUAGAGGACUACCUGGAUUGCCUGGCAAUGUUGGUCUUCCUGGAGAGAUGGGGCUUCCUGGACUGCCAGGAUAUGGACCACAAGGAAUAAGAGGUUUCAAAGGCUCUAAAGGAAGAUCUGGUUCACCUGGAUUACCUGGAGAACCUGGUCUGAAAGGAGAGACCAGUAAGGUAACUCCAUUACCUGCCUUGCCGGGACCUCAAGGACCAGAUGGUUUACCUGGACCCCCAGGAGUGCCUGGUAGGGUUGGAGCAAGAGGUCAGCCAGGUGAUUCAGGACAUCCAGGGCCAACAGGUGACACAGGCUUUCCUGGGCUUGGAUUUCCUGGAAACCCAGGUCCAAAAGGAGAUAAAGGACUUGCAGGAGACAGAGGGCCGCCAGGUUGUGCAGGAAAGAUCGGAGAUCCAGGCCGAGCUGGAAACCUAGGACAACCAGGAGAAAAGGGUGACCCAGGCAUGGUUAUUCCUGGAGAGCCAGGUAGACUUGGUUCACCAGGCAUUCCUGGCUCAAAAGGUGAAACUGGAUUUCCAGGACUUCCAGGCCUACCAGGGCGUGCUGGACAUGAUGGUGAUGAUGGCCUAGGAGGAGAUCAUGGCCCAGCUGGAGUUCCUGGAGAUCCAGGUUUUCCGGGGAAACCUGCUGAAUGUCUUACUGGCCUGACAGGUUUGCAAGGUGGCCAGGGAGCUACAGGCCCACCAGGUGGAGUUCAAGAAGAGUUUCAUGCUCAUGAUGACAAGAUAGAGAUGAAGGUUUAUUUUCCAGACAGAUGUAUCAUCCUAUGCUGUCAUGCAUUUUUCUUAGGAGGAAGAGGUUUGCAAGGUUCAAAAGGAAAACUAGGUCCUCCUGGCUUGAGUAUCCCGGGAAUCUAUGGAAAACCUGGAGACCCUGGAUUAAUAGGUCUUCAGGGAAGUACAGGAUUACCUGGUCCCAAGGGACAGUCUGGAAGGCCAGGAAUCUCUGGUGUGCCGGGUUCAAGGGGAGAGCCAGGUAUAAUAGGCCUGUUAGGAAUUCCUGGACGCCCUGGCACAAUUGGAAGACCAGGCAACCCGGGUAUCAGAGGUUCUUCUGGCUUCCCAGGACUAAAGGGAAGAAAAGGGUUUCUUGGAGCGAAAGGCGAACCAGGUGAUAAAGGUUUUCCUGGACCAUCUGAGACCUUGGUUGAUAUUGGGACUAAAGGAGAACAAGGCUUAAAAGGAAUGCAAGGAAGAAUGGGUCCAAGAGGAGAAAAAGGAGAUGUCGGUGUACAAGGUCCCCCAGGUCUUGAUGGAUCCGAAGGAAUGCAUGGUCUACCAGGUGUCAAAGGAGUAAUGGGUCUUCCAGGGAUUCCUGGAGGACAAGGAUUCCCAGGUGCACCAGGAAACAAAGGGGACAUGGGAAUUCCAGGUCCAAAAGGACAGAAAGGAUCUCCAGGCUUUCCAGGACCAUCAGGUGACCCUGGUCCACCGGGCUAUGGUGGCUUUCCAGGUGACAAAGGAAAUCCUGGGUACCCAUCUGCUGGGCCUCCAGGAGAACCUGGUCCAAAGGGAGAUCAAGGCCCCCCAGGAGUUCUGGGCAGCAAAGGAGAAAGAGGAUCCCAAGGUCAUCCAGGACAUAAAGGAGUAACAGGACCACAGGGGAUCAGAGGGGAAACUGGAGUUACAGGGAUCCCAGGGAAGCUUGGACCUCCUGGAGAUAUUGGUGUUAAAGGACAGCAGGGCCGCCCAGGACAACAGGGCAUUGCAGGCCCUCCAGGUGCUGUUGGAGACCCUGGAAAAAAUGGACUGGUUGGUGAAAGAGGUAGUCAAGGUCAAGAUGGUAUGCCUGGUCGCCUGGGAGUAAAGGGAGAACCAGGAGCACCAGGGAGAGGAAUCCCUGGCCUGCGAGGUGUUCCUGGUCGUAGAGGAAUUAAAGGGGACAUGGGACUGCCUGGUGUUCCUGGGCCACCAGGUGCAAAAGGUGUUCGGGGUGAUCAAGGACCCAUUGGACCUCCUGGCUUAGUGGGGUUGCCUGGAUUUCAAGGCUCAACAGGCGUGGCAAUUACUGGCCAAAAAGGGAUCAGAGGUAUCGCUGGUGCAGAUGGAAGACCAGGUCCCCCUGGUUUUCCAGGGACUCCUGGUCUUCCCGCUCUCAGCAUGAAAGGAAGCAAAGGUGUUAGAGGGGCAGAUGGCAUACCAGGGCCAACAGGCCCAGCUGGCGACAUUGGUCCGCCCGGUCCAAAAGGAAUAGAAGGCCGAUCAGGUUAUCCUGGUGCUAGAGGAGACCCUGGAUUUAUUGGAUUCCCAGGUGUAAAAGGAGAAAAGGGUAAUCAAGGACCCCCUGGACCACAAGGUGCAGAAGGGCCAAGGGGACCAAAGGGUCCACCUGGAGUCCCUGGGAGAAUAUUCUCUGUCCCGGGAAGCAAGGGUCCUCCUGGGCUGCCAGGAAUCCCAGGAACACCAGGUGAUCAAGGAAUUCAAGGGAUUCCUGGACUACAAGGACCUAAAGGACUAAAAGGUUUACCAGGAAGUUUUGGUCAUCCAGGUAAACCAGGACUGCCUGGUCCAAAGGGAGACAGGGGAUUUCCAGGACAAAGAGGACAACCUGGACUGAUUGGCUUCCCAGGUGUACAGGGGUUACCUGGAUCACCAGGCACUGUCAUUGCUGGUCCAACAAGAAGAGGUUUUAUCUUUACCCGGCAUAGUCAGUCAACAAAGAUUCCUUCAUGCCCACAUGGGACAUCACAGAUCUACGUUGGCUAUUCACUGCUUUUUGUACAAGGAAAUGAACGAGCACAUGGACAAGAUCUUGGAACAGCUGGUAGCUGCUUGCAGAGAUUUACCACCAUGCCAUUCUUAUUCUGUGACACCAAUGAUGUUUGUAGUUUUGCUUCUCGCAAUGACUAUUCAUACUGGCUGUCCGCUGCAGCAGUAAUGCCAGUGGACAUGGCACCAAUUUCUGGCAGGGCACUAGAGCCCCAUAUAAGCAGGUGUGCUGUCUGUGAAGGAGCUGCAAUGGUAAUAGCAGUUCACAGCCAAACAACUGCAGUUCCUGCAUGUCCAGAAGGCUGGAUGUCUCUCUGGAAGGGUUUUUCUUUUGUUAUGUAUACAAGUGCCGGCUCAGAAGCUUCUGGCCAAGCAUUGGCAUCUCCUGGCUCUUGUUUGGAAGAGUUUCGAGCCAUCCCAUUCAUCGAGUGCCAUGGCAGGGGGACGUGCAACUACUACACAAACUCCUACAGCUUCUGGUUGGCAUCGUUAAAUCCAAGAAGAAUGUUCAGGAAACCUCUGCCACAGACUUUGAAAGCAGGAGAACUAGAAAAUAUCAUCAGCCGUUGUCAGGUCUGCAUGAAGAGACCAGUCUAA